AUGUUUUUUACACCCUAUUAUAAUGAACAAGUCUUAAAUGAAGUAAAGAAUGAUACUAGUACAAUUACCACUAAUAGUAAUAAUAAUAAUAAUACAGCUCAAAUACAACAUUCAACAAUAAAACCUUGUAAACAAUUACCUGAAAAAGCUGUACGUUUAAUGAAUGCAUGGUAUACAACACAUGAAGAUAAUCCAUAUCCAAAUCGUAAUGAUUUAGAUUAUUUAGCAACUAAUGGUGGAAUUAAAGAAUCACAAGUUAAAGCAUGGUUUUCUAAUAAACGUAAUCGAACACAAAAUACACAUCCAAAACGUGCAAAACGUUAUCUUGUACGAAGUCAAACACAACAAAAUUCAACAUUAUGGAAUGAACCUGAAAAAAUUCAUGUUGCUGAUGAUUUUGAACAACGAACACAUUUAUUACAACAACAACAACAACAACAAGAACAACAUUCGUAUUCUAAUUCUCAAUUAUCAUCAAUACCUCCAACAAAUUGGCCUUGGUUACCAUCAACUUCUUAUGAUUAUUAUUUUCAUUAUUAA